GAGCGAUCGUGAGCCGGAGAAGGAGAGGGAGAGAAGGGGGGAUGGAAGGAGCUGCAUGGGGUCGUGAUAUCCUCUCCUUCUGGAUGCUGCCUUCCCUCAUCAUGGCUUUGUCCCCCCUUUGUGCGGCCACCCUGUGUCCCCGGGAGCAGGCACCGGUGCACGGACCAGCACUCAGCCGAGGAGCAGGGGAUGAAUCAGCCCCAACAAAGAGCCUUUGAGAUGGCAGUGUGUGCUUCUGCCUGGAGGGAGGAACGCAUCAGGCUUUCCCAGGCAAGCGGCAGCCUGCAGUGUGCGCUCGCCUGAGAGCCAGCCCUCCUCAUCGCCGUGUGUAUGAGAGAGGAAGCGUGUAUGUCCGCGAGUGAGUGGUUGUGUGUGUGUGGAUGUGAGUGAGUGUUGUAUAAUAGUGUAUGCGAGUGUGUAUGUGCGCACUCUCGCUACCAAUCCUUCCUGGAGGAGAGAGGCUCUCCUCGUCACUGGACGGCAAGGGACACUUUGAAGAGGGCAGGCUGUCUUUCUCGUGGACCUGAGGAUGUUUCGCAAGAAGAAAAAGAAGAGGCCUGAGAUAUCAGCGCCCAAGAACUUCGAGCACCGCGUCCACACCUCGUUUGAUGCCAAGCGCGGCUGCUUUGUGGGCCUGCCAACGCAAUGGCAAAGCCUGAUAGAGAACCUGCGCAGGCCCAAACCCAUGGUGGACCCUUCCAGGAUCACAGAGGUGGAGCUGAGGCCAAAGAAGACCAUUGUGCGUGGGAGCAUGAUCGGUCACGGGGACUACAUCGCAGCCAUGAUCAAUGACAUGAGCCGUCUGUCUGUGACCAGUUCCAACUCUUUGAGGAAGAGCAGCCCCUCAGCCAGGAAGAGGGCCCAGUCUCUGGGAAGGCUGGGGGAGGUGAACGAGGGAGACGGCUACCAGUAUGAGGGUCUCACCCAGGACGAUGAAGAUGACGAGGAUGCGGAUCAGGACCAUUGGAGGGACAAGGCCAGGAACAUCCACAGUGAGACCAACACCCCUUACCUGGGGAUGAAGAAGAGCAUCACUCUGCAACCAAACGGGAUCUUGCCAAAGGCCAAGUCCACCUAUGAAGUAAGCUUCAUGGAGGGACCCUUGCAUCCGGCUCAGCCCCAGAACAUCCCGAUGUCAAGUCAUGGGGCUUAUAUGAGCGCUGACGUCGGCAGUCCUCAGGAAAGAGUGAUAUGGAAGAGAGAUUUCCUGCUGCCAAGGGGAAUACCACCAAAUCAGAGACCCAUAGCUUGUUUCUACAGUCCUGCAAUGACUGUACAACAGCCCCAUGGGGAUCAAGGGAUAGUCACAACGGAGCUCCGGCCCAACGUACCAAUGUACAUGCACGCACAGAACAGCCCCGGGAGGCCGUUCUCCUCUUAUGACCUGAAGGCAGAGUCGACAGUGAGGUAUCACUCCAGUUUCCUGCCCACUGGCACCAGCAGUCCUCUUGUGGGCGGCAUCAGGCCCCAGCGGACAGUGCGCUCCUCGGCUAGCUACACUCUGGGCCUGUCUCCUAACAUGGGACUAAGACCCGGUGGGCCAGACCCCUUCCUCAGACACUCCGCAGGCCCAAAUCCUCCUUACCCUAGACAGGACAGUCCUUCCCAACCUCGACCUUCCCCUACAGGCUCCCUAGCCACCAGUCCCCCCGGCACCUGCUCCCCUGCCUUUAGACCCCCACAGCACCCUUCACCCAGGCCGCCCCCAGACCCACCAAAGGUGACCCAUGAACAGUUCAAAGCUGCCCUGCAGAUGGUGGUUGACAAGGGCGAUCCGCGGUCCUACCUGGAGAACUUUGUGAAGAUCGGUGAGGGCUCAACAGGGGUGGUGUGUAUUGCCACAGAGAAGCACAGCGGCAGGGAGGUAGCGGUGAAGAUGAUGGACCUGCGGCGGCAGCAAAGAAGAGAGUUGCUGUUUAAUGAGGUGGUGAUCAUGAGAGACUAUCAGCACAGGAACGUGGUGGAGAUGUUCAAGUCCGCCCUGGUGGAGGAGGAGCUGUGGGUUAUCAUGGAGUACCUGCAAGGGGGAGCACUAACCAACAUCGUGUCCGAAACCAGGCUGAAUGAAGAGCAGAUUGCCACAGUGUGUGAAGCUGUCCUGCAAGCCCUGGCAUAUCUCCAUUCACAGGGAGUCAUCCACAGAGACAUCAAGAGUGACUCCAUACUUCUCACGUUAGAUGGAAGAGUCAAGCUUUCAGACUUUGGCUUUUGUGCUCAAAUCAGCAAGGACAUCCCAAAGAGGAAGUCUUUAGUGGGGACACCCUAUUGGAUGGCUCCUGAGGUCAUCUCCAAAUCACCAUAUGGCACUGAGGUGGAUGUUUGGUCGAUGGGCGUCAUGGUGGUGGAGAUGGUGGAUGGAGAGCCCCCGUACUUCAGUGAAACUCCUGUAGCAGCUAUGAAGAGGCUGAGGGAUGAACCAGCUCCUACUGUACGAAAUGUCAGCCAGAUCUCCCCGGUUCUAAAAGACUUCCUGGACCGCAUGCUGACUCGGGACCCCCUAGAGCGGGCAAGUGCCACUGACCUGCUGGAGCACCCUUUCCUGCUGCAGAGCGGCUCACCUCAGUGCCUGGUCCCACUGGUGGAGCAGUACCGCAAGCGCAUGUCCCGCUGCUGACCCCUGUGGGGCUCCUGGUCCCCAGCACCCACCGUCAGUCUGACCCGUUCAGGCCCCGCACCGGGGUCCACCUCCUCUAGCAACCAGGCCAACAGGAGACCAGCUCCAGAGAAGCAGACCCUGACGGCAUGACGCUGCCAGAGUGAUGGUGGCAGGACAGCGAGGAAAGGCUGACUGACAUCGCAUGGUCUCGGGCAUGAGAGAAGCACUUUAGGAGUCAGAUAAAGGCAGCAUGCAAAUCCUCACCGCCCAAGUCGGUUUGAUCUGAAUAUGAAUUGGCUUCCCAUGACAUUCAGCGGGAUUCAACACAACACGACAUGGUGCAUAUCAACGGAUCGCAAAGGUCAAUGUUUCACGUAACUUUACAGUAUGUAAUGAACACACACUGCUCCCACAAAUCCUUAAUAGUGUUCAGAGUGGGCAUCAUCGUUAGCCGUGUAAAAGCUUAUAAAGCUUGUGUUAGGCUCAAACCACAAUAGCUCAUUGUGACAAUAUCAUGGAAGGACAAAGUCACCUCUGCACACUCACACUCUCUGCUGUGCAAACUGGACAACGGCCUGGUCGGCUGACUCCACAGACACUGACAGAAGACUUUUUGCAUGGCCAAACGGAGGCACACCUGGCCUGAUGUGAAUGCUUGAAUAUGUACCAAACAUGGGAUGUGAAAGACAAUUCUCCUUUAUUCGAACAAUAAAUGGGUAGACGAAAGCCCAGCUGCUACUAUUGGGCUAUUGGAAAACCACCAGUACGAUUUUCCUCUUUUUCAUAUUUAUUCUUUAUUUCCAAAAGGUGUUGUGGGUUGUUUGUAUGAUGUGAAGUUGCAAAUAAGGUUUCGUUAUUGAGUAUGGACUUAAACAACAACAUAAGCUGAUGAACUAAUAAUGUAAAUACUAAUACUGGAUAUUAGGUCCUGCUGAUUCACUGCAGUUAAAUAUGUGAGAUGAAUUCAAAGUUUUACUUUUCCUUACAGAAAUGUGAGUGUAUAGUUAUAUAUAUAUAUAUGUGUGUGUGUGUGUGUGUGUGUGUGUGUGUGUGUGUGUGUGUGUGUGUAGGUGUGCGUGUGCGUGUGCAUGUGAGCACAUGGGUGUGUGUGAGAGGUGACAUCUCACGUGUUUGCUUCUGACAAGACCCUCUUUGUAUUGUGAUUCUUUUUUUAAAAAGAAAUGAAAAACACAAGGUGUGUUUGUUGCUCCUAAAGAAGAUGCGUAUGACUGUAUUUGCAUUUUGUUUGCCCAGAUAAAGCACACAGGCGUGGCAUGUGAUGCUGCAGGACGUCCACCUGCCGAGAACCACUUUGCACAUAGUCUUUGUAUUCUGACAUGGAUACAUGUCAACAUGGUUCAUGUUAUUUCUAUCUCUCGUGUGGAUCGUUCAUGAAGAAGAGAAUUACAUAUUUUUAUUUUGUACAAAUCAAUAAAUGAUGCAUAUUGAAUCAGACAA